AUGGUUCAGUCCGCCACGGUCAACGUCACUCGACGGCGAAAACUCCAAAAAAGAAAGACACGAUCCAAAAUACACCGCAGUCACCCUCACGACACCAACAAACCAGCCCACCGCGGUACGAGCAACUACGCCAACAACCGAAAGAACUCCAUUAAGGGCAUACCUCCAAGGAACCGAACGAUGCCCCCAAAAACUCACCACCCAAUCCAAUCAACAUCAACGCCAAGCACACACAUCUGGGCCGCCCACUCAGGAGGCCACCAAGUGGCAGAAAACCCAUACUCAAACACAACCGCCUGGCGCGACACGCGCGCCGAGAAACUCGCGCGCCAGUUCCGGCAUGGCGAUUGUCUGCCCGCGAAGUCUGAGGCUAGGGGGGAGAUCGAGCCAGGUGCGUUUGAUGGGACGGUUCCUGCUUCGCCAGAUGCGCCGAAGACAGGACAUGCACAUGUGAGUGCGGAUUGGGGACAGGGGGAGUAUAGAUGGGUUUCGGAUGCGGAGGCUGCGCGGUCGAAGUUGGGUGUUAGGGAUAUUAGGAGCUUUAUGGGGAUUAAUAAGCGCAAGGCAGAGCAAGACGUUUGGACGGAGAAGAAUUUGAAAUGUGUUAAGCCGGUUGAUGGGAAGGGGUUGAGUUCGAGGUUGAAGUCUUCGUCAGCUGUGCCCAACACAGAAAUCGACUCCAAAUCCGAGAUUGGAUCUGGAAAAUCAGAAGAAAUACCCAGCCAAACCAAGUCCGAAGCAGAUACCACCACAAGCCCAGCAUCAGAUCCAGAAAAAACCCCCUCCCAAAUCCUCCACGGAACAACAAUCUACAUAAACGGCUCAACGCUCCCAAGAAUCUCAGACCACAAGCUCAAACACCUCCUCACACUGCACGGCGCAAAAGUCGCAAGCUACAUGGCUCGGAAGACCGUCUCGCAUGUUAUCGUUGGCACGCCUGGGACGUUGGGAGUUGGUGCGGGGGGUGGUCUUGCGGCGAGGAAGUUGCAGGAGGAGAUUUCGAGGGGUGGGUUUAAGGGAGUUAGAAUUGUUGGAGUGGAGUGGGUACUUGAGAGUAUCAAGGCUGGGAAACGGCUUGCUGAGUCGAGGUUUGCGGUAUUGAAUGUUGCGCCGAAGGGGCAGAGGAGUGUUUUUGGGAUGUUUGGGAAAUGA